AUGUCGGCCUUCAGGCUGGGUGACCAUGUAUGGCUGAACCUCCCUUAUGCUGACAAGAGCAGUGUGUCUAUUGGGGGCAUCAUCAAAGAAACAAAGCCUGGCAAGAUUUUGAUAGAAGAUGAUGAAGGCAAGGAACAUUGGAUUAAGUCAGAGGAUCUUGAUUCCCUCAGUCCUAUGCAUCCUAACUCUGUCCAGGGUGUGGAUGACAUGAUACGCCUGGGGGACCUGAAUGAGGCAGGCAUGGUGCAUAAUCUCUUGAUCCGCUAUAAGGAGCACAAGAUCUAUACAUACACAGGCUCCAUCCUGAUGGCAGUAAACCCCUUCCAGACUUUGCCCCUCUACACUUUGGAGCAGGUACAACUCUAUUACAACCGUCACAUAGGUGAACUGCCUCCACAUGUCUUUGCUAUUGCUGACAACUGCUAUUUCAACAUGAAGAGGAAUAAGAAGGACCAGUGCUGUGUUAUCAGUGGUGAAUCUGGGUCAGGGAAGACAGAAACCACCAAGCUUAUCCUGCAGUUCCUGGCAACUGUCAGUGGCCAGCAUUCUUGGAUUGAGCAGCAAGUCUUGGAGGCCAACCCUAUCCUGGAAGCUUUUGGAAAUGCCAAGACAAUUCGAAAUGACAACUCAAGCCGCUUUGGGAAGUACAUUGACAUCUACUUUAAUGCCAGUGGUGUGAUCGAGAGUGCACGAAUAGAACAAUUUCUUCUGGAGAAGUCCCGGGUCUGCAGGCAGGCCCCAGAGGAACGCAACUAUCACAUCUUCUACAGCAUGCUCAAUGGCAUGAGUGCAGAGGAGAAGAAGCUGCUGUCCCUUGGAACACCCUCUGAGUACUACUACCUGACCAUGGGGAAUUGCACUUCCUGUGAGGGACUCAAUGAUGCCAAGGACUAUGCUCACGUCCGCUCAGCCAUGAAGAUCCUUAUGUUCUCAGAUUCGGAGAACUGGGACCUCAGCAAGCUGUUGGCAGCCAUUCUCCACCUGGGAAAUGUGAAAUUUAUGGCUGCUGUCUUUGAAAACUUAGACUCCUCGGAUGUGAUGGAUACACCCGCCUUUGGCAUCGUGAUGAAGUUACUGGAGGUACAGUAUCAGGAUCUUCGAGACUGUCUGAUCAAGCACUCUAUCAUUGUCCGUGGGGAGCUUGUCAUCAGGCCUCUCAACAUCACCCAGGCAGCUGACCGGAGGGAUGCCUUUGUCAAGGGCAUCUAUGGGCACCUCUUCCUAUGGAUUGUCAAGAAGAUCAAUGCUGCAAUCUUUAAACCACCUGAAAAGGACCCCCAAAAUGUACGGAGGGCCAUUGGCCUCCUGGAUAUAUUUGGCUUUGAAAAUUUCCAGAAAAAUAGCUUUGAACAGUUCUGCAUCAACUUUGCCAAUGAGCACCUGCAACAGUUCUUUGUGCAUCAUGUGUUUAACAUGGAGCAGGAAGAGUACCGCUCAGAAAAUAUUGCCUGGGACUACAUUCACUACACUGACAAUCGGCCCACCCUGGAUCUGCUGGCCCUUAAGCCAAUGAACAUCAUUUCCCUCUUGGAUGAGGAGAGCCGCUUUCCACAGGGGACAGAUAUCACCAUGCUGCAAAAAUUGAACAAUGUUCAUGCCAAUAAUAAGGCCUUUCUACAGCCCAGGAACAUUCAUGACACCCGUUUUGGCAUUGCUCACUUUGCUGGCAAGGUGUACUAUGAGGUAGAAGGUUUCCUGGAGAAGAAUCGAGAUGUGCUGAGCUCAGAUAUCCUCACCCUGACUUACUCCUCCAAGAACAAGUUCCUGAAGCAAAUAUUUAAUGUGGAAUCAACAGAAACCAAGUUGAGCAACAGGACCAUCUUCAAGGCUCACAGAGGAAACCAGCUUUUCAAGUCUACAGAUGCCAGUAAGCAGAGAUCUACAUUGGCUGGCCAGUUCAAGCAGUCUCUGGACCAGCUAAUGAAAAUUCUCAACAAUGGCCAGCCUUAUUUCAUCCGCUGCAUCAAACCCAAUGAGUACAAGAAGCCACUGCUCUUUGACCGGGAGCUAUGCCUCCAGCAGCUGCGGUACUCUGGUAUGAUGGAGACGGUGCAUAUCCGCAAAUCAGGCUUUCCCAUCCGCUACACAUUUGAGGAGUUCUCACACCGAUUCCGUGUUCUACUACCCACUGUCCAGAGCCGACAGCUACGGGACAAGUUUCGCCAGAUGACCUUACGCAUUGCAGAGAUGUGGCUGGGGACUGACAAAGACUGGAAAGUGGGAAAGACCAAAAUUUUCCUGAAGAAUAACCAAGACACUCUGCUAGAGAUACAGAGGAGCCAGGCUUUGGACCGAGCGGCGAUCAGCAUUCAGCGAGUCCUGCGAGGCUACAAAUACAGGCAAGAAUUCCUGAAGAAGAGGCAGGCAGCCAAGACCAUCCAGGCUAUGUGGAGAGGCCAUCUUUACAGGAAAAACUUUAAGAUGAUCUUUCUGGGAUUUGAGCGCAUACAGGCCAUUGUCCGGAGCCAGCAGAUGGCAAGGAAGUACCAAACCACACGAAAAAGGAUGAUCCAGCUUCAGGCCCUCUGCAGGGGCUUCCUAAUGCGCCAGCAAGUCCAGGCUAAGAAGAGGGCUGUGCUGGUCAUCCAGGCACACACCAAGGGCAUGCUUGCCCGGAGAAACUUCCAGCAGCAGAGAGCCAAUGGACCAUUGGUCAUUCCCACCAGAGAACUGAAGAACAAAAGUGCUCCUCCUAAAAAACGCAAGUCAAUCUACGACACUAUCAAUGACACAGAGAUGGUGGAGAAAGUGUUUGGCUUCCUCCCUUCCAUGAUGGGGCAGGAUGGUCAGACCUCACCAAUAUUUGAGGAUUUGGAAACAAACACCCAUAAAUUGCCUGAGAUUGACUUGGAUACAGUCCCCAUGGUUGAGGAACUUGAAGAACCUGAAGAUGAGCCAGAUAGCCUGUCCCAGUAUAUCUUCCCCAAGUUUGCAGCAACCUACUUCCAGAAAUCAGCCACUCACACACACACCAGGAAGCCUCUUCGCCACCCACUGCUCUACCAUGAGGAUGAUGCUGACUGCUCGGCUGCCUUGGCUGUGUGGAGCAUCAUCUUGAGGUUCAUGGGUGACCUUCCGGAGCCAGUGCUUUUUGCCAGGAACACCAUGCGUGGCAGCUCUGUGAUGCGGCAGAUCCAUGAUUCUCUGGGCAAGGGGAGCAACACCCAGACUUCACAGCAUGAUACCAUUUCACAGGUGACUAGCCAGCUGACUAUUGGAGAGGGGGCCUUUGACCCAGAUGGACCCAUCUCAGAACGACCCAUGUCUAACCUGGAGAAGGUGCAGUUUAUCGUGGGUUAUGCCAUUCUACGGCCUAGCCUCAGGGAUGAGAUUUACUGCCAGAUCUGCAAGCAGCUUUCACAGAAUGAAAAAACUAGCAGCUUGGCCCGUGGCUGGAUCCUGCUCAGCCUUUGCCUGGGUUGUUUCCUACCCUCUGAACGUUUCAUGAAGUACCUGCUGAACUUCAUCAAUCAUGGGCCUCCUGCCUAUGGGCCCUUCUGUGCUGAGCGCCUGAAACGAACCUGCACUAAUGGGGUGCGCAUGGAGCCCCCCACCUGGCAGGAGCUUCAGGCGGUCAAGUCCAAGAAACACAUCCCAAUCCAUGUUGCCUUGCUGAAUGGAGAGACCCUGACAAUUACAGUGGACUCUGCCUCCACAUCACAAGAAGUCUGCCAGCAAAUUGCUCGCAAGCAAGGACUCAGCGACCACCUGGGCUUCUCCCUCCAGGUUUCUGUGUAUGACAAGUUCUGGUUCCUGGGCAGUGGGAGUGACCAUGUCUUAGAUGCUAUUGCCCAGUGUGAACAACUGACCAGGGCCAAGGGUGAAAGUGAGCGCCAAUCUCCCUGGUGCAUCUACUUCCGGAAGGAGUUUUUCACCCCCUGGCAUGACUCCCAGGAGGAUCCUGUCAGUACUAAGCUCAUAUAUCAUCAAAUCAUCCAUGGAGUCCGGUUGGGAGAGUACAGCUUUGAGAAGGAGGAAGAGCUGGUUCAGCUGCUAGCCCAGCACUGCUAUGUGCAACUUGGUGCCUCGCCAAGGAGUCAGGCCGUGCAGGAACUGCUGUCCAGCUGUGUUCCCACCAAACUCUACAGGACCAAGCCCCCAGAGAAAUGGGUCAGCCUCAUCACUGCUGCCCUUGCCAAGGCUUCCUUCACCCAGAAGCAGGCAACAGCUCAGGCUGUGCGGGAGCAGGUGGUGGACACAGCACGCUUGCAAUGGCCGAUGCUCUUCUCCAGACUCUUUGAAGUUACCCCACUUUCUGGCCCCCGACUGCCUAAGACUCAGCUUAUCUUGGCUGUUAACUGGAAGGGGUUGCAUAUCUUGGACCAGAGGGAAAAGUUGCUUCUAGAACUCUCUUUCUUAGAGGUCCUGAGUUUGAUCGCCAACAGAGAAGGGCCUGGAGGACAGAGACUACUGAUGUCCACGCUGCAUGAAGAGGAGUAUGAUUUUGUGGCCCCUAGCUGUGUGGCCAUUGCUGAGCUGGUGGCCUUGUUCCUUGAGGGCUUGAAGGAGAGGUCCGUGUUCACCAUGGCUCUGCAGGACAGGAGUGCCUCAGAUGAUGCCACCCUCCUGCCAUUCAAGAAGGGGGACCUGCUGAUCCUGACUAAGAAGCAGGGGCUCCUUGUCUCUGAGAAGUGGACCCUUGCUCAGAAUGACAGGACGGGCAAGAGUGGGCUAGUGCCCAUGGCCUGCCUGUAUGUCAUCCCCACCAUCACAAAGCCUUCAACACAGCUACUGAGUUUAUUGGCUAUGUCACCUGAGAAGAGGAAGUUGGCAGUCCAGGAGGGCCGGCCCAGAGAGCCACUGUCUGAGGAGGAUCUCAAGGAGAAGCCAUACACACUGGAAGAAUAUUCUUAUGAGUAUUUUAGGGCCCUGGAGAAGGAGUCAGUGAGCAGAGCUGUGCUUCCAGGGGCCCGGGUCAGGGGCCACCUGUGGGCUCACUCUUCUGAGCCAUUGCGGCAGCCUUUGCUCAAACGUGUGCACGCCAACCCUGAGCUGCGGGACAUCGCCUGUCAGAUCUUCAUCGCGAUCCUCAGAUACAUGGGUGAUUACCCUGCACGACAGGCCUGGACCUCCCUAUACCUCAGUGACCAGAUCUUCUCCUUUGCCCUUAAAGACACAGCCCUUCAGGACGAAGUCUACUGCCAGAUACUGAAGCAACUGACAAACAACAACUCAGGGUACAGUGAAGAGCGGGGCUGGCAGCUGCUGUGGCUCUGCACAGGCCUCUUUGCACCUGGUAAGACAUUGCUGCCUCAUGUUCAGAAGUUCAUAGAUACACGAAGGAGAAAGUCACUGGCCCCUGACUGUAGUCGCCGGAUCCAGAGGGUCUUGCGGUUAGGGGUGCGGAAGCAGCCCCCACACCAGGUGGAGGUGGAAGCCAUGGAGAAGAACGUCACCCGCAUCUGCCAUAAGAUUUUCCUUCCUAAUGACACUAAUGAGAUGCUGGAAAUUGGUAGCAGCACACGGGUCCGAGAAGUGUGUGAGAACGUUGCCAGCCGGCUGAAGCUGGGCUCCUGGGAUGGCUGCAGCCUCUUUAUCAAGAUUGCUGACAAGGUCAUCAGCCAGAAGGAAGGAGAUUUCUUCUUUGACUCCUUGCGAACCAUAACGGAUUGGGUGAAGAAAAACAAGCCCCAGAAAGAAGGAGCCCCCAUAACACUGCCCUAUCAGGUGUUUUUUAUGCGGAAACUGUGGUUCAACAUGACACCAGGAAAAGAUGUGAAUGCAGACACCAUUCUCCAUUACCACCAGGAGCUGCCCAAGUACCUGCGUGGUUUCCACAAGUGUUCUCGAGAGGAUGUGCUUCAUCUGGCAGGCCUCAUCUACAAAGCCCAGUUUGGCAAUGACCGUACCCAUUUAGCUAGUAUCCCCAAGCUUCUAAGAGAAGUGGUGCCAGAGAACCUCACACGCCUCAUGUCCUCGGAUGAAUGGAAGAAGAGCAUCCUGCUGGCCUGUGACAAGCACAAGGACAAGACAGUGGAGGAAGCCAAAGUGGCCUUCUUGAAGUGGGUCAGCCGGUGGCCCACCUUCGGGUCAGCCUUCUUCGAGGUCAAGCAAACCUCAGAGCCCUCCUAUCCAGAUAUCAUUCUCAUUGCCAUCAACCGGCAUGGAGUUCUUCUCAUCCACCCGAAGACCAAGGAGCUGCUCACUACCUACCCCUUCACCAAAAUUGCCAACUGGAGCAGCGGCAGUACAUACUUCCACAUGGCUCUGGACUCCUUGGGCCGUGGCAACCGCCUGCUGUGUGAGACCUCCUUGGGCUACAAGAUGGAUGACCUAUUGACCUCCUACGUGCAGCAGCUUCUGAGCACUGUGAACAAGCAGCGGGGAUCCCGUGUCCCGGCCCUCACCAAUCCCUAA